AUGUCUCUGAUCCCAACGGGCGCCCAGCUGAAUGGGCCAGUGGCUGCUACCUCGGCCCUCUAUGGCCUGUACAGACUUGCCUCGAGUACCGUCAACCUGUUGAUUAGGCUGGCAUCAGGCCAGUGGGAGAACGCCGCCACGUCGCCACGUCGCUGGCGAGUCUUGCGCCCGCCACACGAUGUAAGCUUCAAAAACAAUACCGUCUCUGUUUUCUCCGAGCCAUCGCCAUGGAGCCUCGUCAGCCUUAUCUACACUGACUUCUCAAAGUUGUUUCUGUUCAAAACAUGCCAGAAUUCCACCUCCAUAAUGAUGCUGAUUGGCGAUUUCGUACUUGUCGGGUUCCCCAGCUUAGCGUUGCCCCAGUCGUUUUCCUGA